AUGAACGUGAUUCACUCCACUGACACCUACCGACAUUCUUCGUACGUUCAAUUGUGUCGUCGUGCAAAUAGGGACCAAGAAGGGCGUCCAACGGCUGCUCCCGGGCUGCAGCGUGCAUUGGUAGUCCUGAAGGCGUUGAACAAGCGACCCUGGCCACUGAAUACCAGCACCUUGAGCAAAGCAAGAAGGCCGAAGGUUGGAUGAUUGUGGUCUCAGGGUGUUGUCCCCUUGCACUUUCCUCUUUGGACAUUGUGGACCGGACGGCACGUGUUCCAUGCGCGCCCACGAAUGUGGGUUCGUGAGUACCGAAUGGCGUUUGGAAGCGGUAGCUCAUGUGCUUGGGGAGAAGGUAGAUGGCAGUCGAAAUGACUAGAGUUAUUGCUUUGUGUUGUUGAUAAAUUUCCGCCGAGGGAACGGUUCGUGUUUUUAAACUGUUUGCCCACGAACUCUGGAGAAUCGGGAGCGCCAGGGUAAGCGAAUGAGGGGGUUGACAAUCUUCGUCCACCUUCGGCACAGGCUCUAUUGCGUCGUACAUGGCUUCCGCCAACAGAGGGUUUCCCCCGCGCCGCUCUGACCGCUGUUUUUGCACGGGGAUGGUUUUCAGUAACUGUGCUCUCCAAAUUCUUGUGUGUGUCGAUGAGAUGUGUUUCAGAACUUUGACGUGGCAACUAACAUUUCGGUUAGAGUUGCCUUGAGCAUCUUCUGUCCGGGCUCGUCUUGUUCGUGCUUUUAUUCUGUCCUGGUCUGUUUUUUCGUUUCAGAGACGAGCUUGUUUUGUGUGCUCGCGCGUUUCCCUCGACGUGUCACGUGGGUAGCCUAGGAGUGAUGGCCAGGCUUGAAGUUGCCGUAUAUUUUAUUCGCAAGCUUGGCACGGUCAACAUUGCCCUUGUUCCGGUCUGCUUCCGCUCAAACGUGCCAGCAGCAUGAGAGAAAUGAGGUGUAUUUUUUUUUAAGCUAUUUUCGUACAUUGCUUGUGUUCAUUCUUAGCCGCAAGUCCCCCUGCCCUUAGUUUCCUUCCGUUUAUUGAGCGGAAACCUGCGAAUGAAGUUUCCUCGUUUCGUUAGCUUCAAUCACCUCAUCCGGUUUUCGCGUCAUGACUUGGGAAGGGUUCCUAUGAACGUGAUGACACGUCUUGGUUGUCUGCUUCCAGUGCACGCAGUCGACGGGUCAUUCGGUGUGCUUGUCGAAGAAUGUGGAGAAAGUAUUUGCUUGGUUUAUGGCAUAAUAAGUGUACAUGCUGUCGGCCGGCCGCCUCCAUGGUUCCUUCGUUUCCCCCCCGGUGUCGUGCGGUCAGGUGGCGUCGCUGACCACCGUCAUGCUGCUGACUCACUCACAAGAAUGGUGCCGUUCCCUUGGUGUGUUGGGGGGGGGAGAGUUCCAGCGCAUCUGGGAUCAGUAUCUUGGGAGGGCGCUUAUCUAUGUAGUCUUUGCUCGUUUCAAUAUCCGCAAGUACCCACGGUAGAAAAAGCCGGCGUUUUUUUCAAUGUUGUCGCACUCUCUGCCAUCAUGACGGGCAAGGUCACAAGCGACUUGUAACUUAACGAUGCUAGCAUUGAAAACUGAACACAUGAUUCUGUGGCACAACCAGAGUACACUGUCGUCUAGGUUGCGUAUCCUCGAUUUGCAAACGUUUUGCCGUGCGAACGAACAACGCCGGGGGUAAUGCGCGUUUUCGACAACUGCUUUUUUCUUUGGCGGUUGACUGGCUUGCAUCCGGGGUCCUGAGGUUCGUUCCUUCGCCUCUUGCCAGCCAUCCUUCUUUCGAGUGAACGUAGGCGAUACAUUCUCGAUUGUGCCCUUUUGUCAUCCACGCUUUAGCUGCUGCGCACGUUUGGUUGGGUGUGGAUGCCGAUGUGCUCCGCGUUGUAUGUGCUUUCGUUUGCAAAGAAUAAUAUAUUUUCCUUUGCACUUUCAAAUGAACGGCUUUGGACCGACGCCACGUGCAAAGAACGCUCGGCGUAGGGUCCUCUCGCGCUGUGCCACGGUUGUCCGUGGCGCAUGGGCUCCACAUGUGGAGGAGUGACGGGUUGACACAGUCGAGGUUCCGACAACAGUCGUUCAUGUCAAUUCUUGUCUUGUUUCAGGGGUAUCACAACACCACGACUGAGUGACUAUCCGUGUGAGGAGAUGGGGGGAUCAUACAUGGUAUCCUACGCGCUUUUAGGUUCCAGGGGGGACGAACGCUUGCACGCCGAGGACACUUUCAUAAUUUUCCAGUGGAUGUUUCAAUAACCUAUCUUGCGCCUCCUCCUCAUGGUCGGAGAAAAUG